AUGAAUCCCCCAGCCCUCAGCGUGGUAUACCAGCUGGAGAACCUCCUUGCAUCUGAUGGAUCUUUAUAUUUCGAAGAACAACCACCUUCAGGAGCAUGGGAACAGUCAUACCUUGCGUUUCCUGAAAGCCUGGGCAAUGUACAGCGGGCAUAUGUAACUGAUUUUGAAGACAUUUGUGGGGAUUUUGGGUGGCACUCACCGCCAGACGUCAAAGAACCAUUUUUUGAGGGAGACGUCAAUGUUGUCGAUGCUAAACCGCUGAAUGCAGCUGGAGAGAUACGUGAUCAAGCGCUGCUCGAGAAUGGUGAGACUGUUUUUGGCGAAGCAUCUGGAGGAAAUGCGGUGUGCUCGAGAUCGUCAGAGCCCUUGGUUUCGGACGACGGGUUGGUAAGUGGGAGGUACAAGUCAUCGGCGCUUGAGGUGGAUGAGAUUCAAAAGUACUUUGAUGUUCCAAUUACAAAAGCAGCUAAGGAAUUGAAGGUUGGCCUCACUGUCCUGAAGAAGCGAUGCAGGGAACUCAACAUCAGGCGCUGGCCACACAGGAAAAUCAAGAGCUUGAAGUCGUUGAUUGACAGUGCUAAGGAGUUGGGAUUGACAAGUGAGAUUGAAAUGCUGGAAGAGCACAAAAGAAUGUUAAAGGUGCUUCCCGAGAUGGAACUGACGGAAAGAACCAAGAAACUCAGACAAGCAUGCUUCAAAGCCAAUUACAAGAAAAGAAGGGCAAUGGCUGCUGCUGCUGCCGCCAUGGCUUGA